CCUAGGCCUAUCGCCGGAGCAAAAGCUUACUAGUGCACUGCGCAUGCUAGCUUAUGGAUCUCCAGCUGAUCAACUUGAUGACUACAUGCGUAUGGGUAAGAGCACUGUGCUUGAAGUCUUCAGGAAGUUUUGCAGAGCCAUUGUCGGGAUGUACUCAUCGACAUAUCUUCGUGCACCAACUCCUGCUGAUCUAAGGAUUCUACUUCAUAAAGCCUCACAACGCGGAUUCCCUGGUAUGAUUGGAUCAAUUGAUUGCAUGCACUGGGAGUGGAGGAACUGUCCUACUUCUUGGACUGGGCAGUACCUGGGGCACAACCGUAAACCAACAAUCAUUCUCGAGGCAGUGGCUUCGUACAACACCUGGAUAUGGCAUGCUUUCUUCAGCCCUCCUGGGUCGAAUAACGACAUCAAUGUUCUGGGGAUGUCUCCAGUGUUUGACGGUGUCCUCAACGGAUCCACCCCACGAGUACGAUUUGAGAAGCACAUCGAAAAGACGUAGAGCGGGCCUUUGGAAUUCUUCAAGC